CACUAGACAAUUUUCCGUUGCUUAAACUAUACAAGGAAGCUGAUUGGAUCAUUCUGUUGAUUUCGACCCUCGGAUUUGCUUUUAUUUUGGAAUUGAAAGCCCCGAAUAGUGAUGAGCACAGGCAGGUUACUCAGAACUUUAUCCUGUAUGUCAGAUGAGGACAACGGGACAAGCCGGCAGUCCAAUGGUGUGUUCCUGCAGCCUGCAUGGGACUACCUCCACCAGAACCACUACGACCUCCUGACUAGCCCUCUGUUCCCUGUCGUCCUCUCCGUCAUCUCCUACUUUCUCCUGGUUGGCCUUUACACCAUGCUUGACCUGCUGGCUCCCACCUGGCCAUGCAUCAACCGCUACAGGCUCCAUCCUGACACCCUGGUCACCUGGCCUGACAUCUGGACAACUCUGGGUGUCACCAUCUACAACCAUCUGCUCUACAUCUUCCCCGCUGCUAUAGCUCAGUGGCUGUGGAGGCCACCCGUCCCCUUGCCUUGCGAGGCCCCCACUCUCUGCAGCUUUUUUCUGGGCAUCUUGGGCUGCAUGAUUGUAUUUGACUUCCAGUAUUACUUGUGGCACCUUCUGCACCACCGGGUUCCCUGGUUGUACCACACGUUCCACGCCGUGCACCACCGCUACAACCAGCCCUUCAGCCUCGUCACACAGUACAUGUCCGGCUGGGAGCUGUUCAGUGUGGGGUUUUGGGCUACAAUUGACCCCAUCCUGCUGCAGUGCCACUGCCUCACAACAUGGGGCUUCAUGGUCUUCAACAUCUACAUCUCCACCGAGGAUCACUGCGGCUACAACUUCCCCUGGUCUAUGAAUAACCUGGUGCCCUUUGGCCUCUGGGGCGGCGCACCCAAGCAUGAUGCUCACCACCGGCGGCCCAACACUCACUUUGCCCCAUUUUUCUCGCACUGGGACUGGCUGGGAGGCACCGGCUCCACUCCAACUCCCCCCACCCGCUCCAGGGGAGCGAGACAGAUAAAAGGGAGAGAAAACUAAAGCGCUUCAAUUCCUCUCUCAUUGACUUUGGCUUUUUCAUUCUGAACUGCCUCUCUUGUACCUUAUCUUACUUCACUCUUGUUUUUUCAAACCAGUUUACCUCUUUAUCUGUUUUCCUUUCCUGCCUUUUUGAUAUUAUCAUAUUUUGAAUUCUUACACUGAACUAGGAUGAUUUUUCUCCAUUUAGAAUCUUUUAUCAGUAUCAAUAUUGACUAUCUGAUAAAUGAUUGGUCAGGAAUAUCUUUUUUGUGUACAAUGAUAUUAUAGAGUAUCUUUAACUGUUGUACAUGUAUCUCUCAUUCAUACAGAUUUCCCAUUUAUGUCAUGUUAUGGCAUUCUAAUGUUAGGUGUAGACAUGACUUGGAAAUUUUGAGCCCUUAUCUAGGAUUCCCUGAUGUUAGAUAGUGUGAUCUGCUAGCUCGUACACUGUCCCUGUCUCCCUCCUAUGCACUGACCCUCUCUCUCACAUGAAUGAAUAGCAGCCUUUUAGCUGCACCCCAGAAUGAUGCGUGGAUGCAAUACUAAUCUAUUGCGCUGUCUUUGAUACUAAACGAAAAAAAUCCCACAAAAAGACAAUACCUUUGUGAUAGAAAAAUGGUAAAUAAAGUUGCAAUAAUGUA